AUGGACUUGCAGAGAGUUGGGGGAGCUGGCGAUGCUGGCGUCGACUUGCAAGGCUGGUGGUACCUGCCAGACUCCGCUACUGGUCCUCCCGAGCCUGCCGCUCGGGCGACGCCCGCAAAGCAAGAGGUCAUGUAUGCUGAGCAUGUCAAGGAUAUGAACCACCCAUGGAACGGGUUUUACGACUCGCCCGAACACUUUGCUCAGACAGUCAGGGGCCGGGUCAGCACAAUCAUGCAGUGCUUUCCAAAGCCAUUUCAUGGAACCUAUUCAGAGGCCGUUGAGGCAUCAAGAUCACCGAUGACGACUACAAAAAUGGGCUGCGCAACCUACGGUGCCGGUGAGGACGAAAGAAACGAGAUAUACGAGCUUUACAGGGGUGUAUGGCAGCUGAGAUGGCUGGAUCAGAUCAGCGGUGACACAGCAGCACGCCAUGAAGAAGGCACCAGAGAACAAGACUUGCAUUCGCCUGAUGCCCUUCCCCAUCGACUUCGGGUAGUGGCUCAGUGCAAAGCGGAAUCAAAGCCAUUGGGUCCUGUCAAGCUGCGCGAGCUUGAAGGCACACUCGGUCGCAUAACUCAGAAUGCCAAAACUUCCGGUGCCCAUUCAGCCUCUUCUGAAGCGGCACCCGUGGGUGUUCUAAUCUCUCUAGAAGGCUUCAGCAAGCAGACGAUUAACCAGACGAUGAGCAGCUCCUUUCCCAUUUUGCUCCUUCAUCUCCAGCGCGGCAUGGCUUGCUCGACCAGCUCCAGUCCCACAGACAGCCGGAGUCCGAGUCCGAACUUAGGUGCGAGAGGAAUCGCUCAAGCUAAUUCGUCAUCGCGAGCGUCUGUCGAAGAGCUGCGCAACGCCAGCAUGAGCUCCAUAAUGAUGAAUCAAGCUCUGUCCGGAAGCAAGGGCCCGUUGGGUGGACGACUCGACGUUCGCUGGACACAUCGCUUGCAAAGCAAUUACUCGCCCAGCUCAGUGCGGGGCAAAUUGGCCUCGCCGCCACUACCCACCGGCUCGACACGUCGUCCGGCUCUGUUUUGGGAUGGGAAGCUGCUGGGCAAACGAGGUCGAGAGCGUCAAGUCGAGCGAUAG